AUUCUGAGACGAUGGUUGUCGUUGUUCUAGCAUAUCUAGAAUGCUGUUGAUGGUUUGCUUGACAAGUAUUUCGCGUGUUGUCGAACUCGUGUCAAAAUUGGAAUCCUGCUGAUCUAGGGAUUAUUACCAGUUACAAAUAUGGAAACAUGACACUGCCUUCCGGAUAAGAGACUGCUCAAAGAGGCGCCUAAGCAUUUCCCCGUUGCCUUUAUCCACCAUGCAGAGGGUGUCCGAUUCUGUUACAUCGAUCUUCCAGCUGGAAACUAGGGACGGACGCCUUGCCACUUGCCUGCAAGGGGGUUCAACCAUAGUUUAUAGCGACAAGUUCGGAUUGGGGUGGCGUUUUGGGCUGCAGUACGCAAAAGGAGGUUGGGCUUCUGCUAAUAAAGUCAAGGUUUACCUUGAUCACACCCAUUGCUCGUCGGCGACAGACGCCGCCACGGUGACCGUCUGCCUUAAAGAUGGGUCUGCUUCAGAGGUUCCUUCUUUUGGCAGCAAGACGGUCUCGAUUGCUGACUUUGGCCAUGGCCCCCCCGCACUUCUUGGCUCGUUCUCGCCGUCCACUAUUGUUGCACACCCUUACAUGUGGUUUAUGGUCACUACGAAAGCAAACUUUGCUCCAGUCAUCGCUGACCCCCUCAUCAAUACUGCGUCUGCUCUCAGGCAGUCCAUGAAUGACGGUGAAUUCGCCGAUACUAAAUACCAUGCCGUGUCCAAACGUAGAACUUGGAGAUCUUCUGGAGAAACUCGUUUUGUAUAUGCGAAUAAUGCUGUUUUAGAGCACGGUGCCGGAAUCGCGCCAGUUCGCUCUUGUCAGUGGUUUCUCAUCUCGCCUGGUGGACGAAUGAUAAUAGAACUAUCGUUUAGCAUCUCCCAACGAGAACUCUUUACUCGUUCACUACCGGACUGAAUCUAGGCUGAUGAGGGACGCUGAGCUAUAUCAGGAUUAUGAC